CACAGCACUACCGGUAUGCAUAGCGGUAUAGAAGGAAGAUCAAGAUGACGACACUCCUAUCACCACUACCAGUACAAGGACAUCCAUCAAGGCGGCGUAGCCCUUCCAACGAAAAGAAUGGCCACUUUCGGCUAUUGGCGCUCCUGAUGCUCCUGAUGCUUCAAGGAUCUGCUGGUUUCGUUGUGCCGAGAGUUUCUUCAUGUCGCGUGGGAAGCAGAGCGGUACUGGCACCAACCACACCCUCUCCAAUAGCUCGACAGGUCCCUGUUGUCGAGAGCAGAGGCUCGUUAUUGGCAGCAAGAGGAUCCAAGCAGGAGCAAAGUGACACGACAGAUGUUCGUGGAGUGUACAAUGACGAUGCAUUCGGACUUGUCUUUUUGUGGUCCUCGUUUGCGGGCAAGGAUGGAGAGUUUGCCGGCACAUUUCUAGUACUGUCGGCCAUUGCUGCUACUGCCACCACUGUUGGACUCUUCAACCAGGAAUCCGAUCCACGGAUACCCGGUGCCGUGGCGGUGGUGGCCCUCCUGCUACGACCGUUUGUGGCAAUCCUCGUCACGCAGAGUGCGUCGGGAUUGGAAUUGCCACCGACCAUUGAUGUGGCCGUCACAGUUGCAUCCGUUGUCUGGGGAUUCGUCAAUUGGCAGAAGCAGCAGGAGACAGAAUCCUCCUGAGCUUUUUGCAGCUAGCUAGCUAUACAGACAAAUGCAUGGAAAAGAAAUGAAAGUUUGGCCUUUUGAACUACCAGGGAGCAACUUGCUUUUAUUCAAUGUACAACCCUGUCAACAGUUUUCACAUUUCGUUAGAACAUUACAUUUAUUAGAGCUCGUCAAAUCCAGAUUAU